CUUAAUAAGGAACAUCCUGCUUUCGACAGAGAGGGGGAGGAUAGAGCGGAGGUCUGGCAUCUCCCGGUAGUAGGCUAUAUCUACCAGGUCUUGAACACUACAGGGUCCAACAGAGGGUGACAAAAUAAUAGAAAGAAAAGGGCUUCCGUCGUAGGAAGAAGGAAUCUCCACUCGUUUUAUGCCUGGUACCAUUACCGGAGAAGGACACACGCCGGUUUAGUGUUUUACCGAUACGGAUUAAUAACACGCCAGACGGAUGUUCGCGAGGAGGGGCGGUGCACUCUGAAGUUAGAGACUACUGCCUACCGAGAGAAGCGCUUGUUCCCCCGUGAAGGUUCGCGCCCCCCAGCCACAACAUGAAGCUGCCGCGGUGUCUGAUGACGAUCCUCGCGGCGCUGCUCGCUCACUCCGCGCUGGGUCAGACCUGGGUUCCGUCUAUAGAUCUAGAAGGUUCUUCUGGAGAUGAGUUCUAUGAUGAUGAAGACCUCUUCUCAGGCUCUGGAUCUGGCUUUCCAGAGAUGAAGGUCAACCCUACAGCGGUGGGUGUGUCUUUCAGCACUGAGGAGCCCCUUCCCCUUUCCACCACCCAGGCUACUGGCCCCGCCCCCUCAGCCCCACCUGCAGCCGAGCCCAAUCCCAACCCCGACGCUCUCCCCACCCCACUACCCACUGAGGGAGAGGGGGAGAGUGGGAUAGAGUGGGAGAGAGGGAGGGAGAGGGAAAGAGAGAGAGUAAGGGAGAUGGAGCGGGAGAGGGAUAGAGAGAGGGAGAGAGAAAAGGAGAGGGAGAGAGAAAAGGAGAGGGAGAGAGAAAGAGAGAGAGAGAGGCAACGGGAAAUAGAGAGGGAACGAGAAAGAGAACGUGAAAGAGCGAGAGCCGCCCAGACCACCAUCUCACCCCGUGGCCCGGCGGCUGUUCCCAUGGCGACCACCAGCACAGCGACGCCUCUGGCGGAGAGUGUAGCACCCUCUAGUGGCGUGCAGGACCUGAUCACCACAGAAGAAGAGGACGAGGAUGUCUACCUGUCCCCAGACCCCACCACCAGUAUGCCUAUGGAGACCACCACGGAAGAAGAAGAAGAGGAAGAAGUGACCACUACAGAUACAGAGACCACACCCCUCCCAAAGACAACAGCUCCACCCACUACGAUUGGCCCAGCCCUAACUGAGAGGUCUAGCUCCACCCCCUUUAGGCCCAGUGUUCUGGUGACCACGCCUAUUAAAGCCGCACCCACAGAGAGGAGCACACGCCCACAGCAGCCUUCUACGACAAUGAAUAAUGAAUUAGGGGUUAAUGGACCCAGUGGAGACUUUGAGAUCCGGGAGGAGGACCGUCGCCAGGGCAACGAGGUUGUUGGUCGUGGCCUUGGCAUGGAGACUGGGGCAGAACCUGAUCUGAUUGGCAACACAAUUAACACAGGAAGUUCUGCCGCUCAACUUCCUCAGAAGAACAUCUUGGAGAGGAAGGAGGUUCUGAUAGCGGUGAUAGUGGGGGGCGUGGUGGGGGCCCUGUUUGCAGCGUUCCUGGUCAUGCUGCUGGUGUACAGGAUGAAGAAGAAAGAUGAAGGCAGCUACACACUGGAGGAACCCAAGCAAGCCACCGUCACCUACCAGAAAGCUGACAAACAGGAGGAGUUCUACGCAUAACACACACACACACAGAGAGAUGCUUAUCACUCCAGCUCCCUUCCUGUCCUGUCGCUUCCCAUCUCCUUCCCAUCUUUCUCCCGUAUCUUCCUCCCUCUCUUCUCUCCUAUGUUCCUGUCCUCCAUGUCAGUUGUUACUGAGAGUGCCCGUCUCUCCACGGACUCAAACAUUUCUUUAAAAAAAUAUAAAUACACUUUUAAAAAAAUAACAAAAUAAAUAUAUCAGCUGGAAAAAAAUAUAUAAAAAUGUGACACAAUAUUUCUUUUUUUAAGUAAAUGUUGUUAUUGAUAUUAUAUGAUUAUUGUUCUGAUGAUGUAAUGAACGGAUUCUUUUGUAAAAACACAAGCUCUUAUCCGGUGUUCUAGCACAAUACUCUAGUGUCUGUUCCACGGAGCGAAUGAGCCAAGUGAAAGAGGGAUGGGGGAGAAGGGACAGAGACAGAGGAGGAAAGAGUGUCAUCUGAUUGGCCACACAGACACUGGGGUCAAAGGUUAGAGGAAAGGUCUCUAUUGUAGUGCCUUCCAUUGCCCUGGUGCUCUCUCUCUCUCACACACACACACACACACACACACACACACACACACACACACACACACACACACACACACACACGGCUUGGACCCCUCUCUCUGUGCUUGGCCAAUCAGAGUAGGGGAACCCUCCCACAACGCUCUGACAACCUCAGGACAACCUUGUGGCAGCAUUCACUGGUAGUUAGCAAGGGAUUCUAACCAGGGAUAUAGUGUUAAAUAAAAUGGUGGGUAAACAAACCGCUGGGGUAACAUAAACAUUAGCUAAUGCUAAAAACACUACCUGAUGGUAGUAGUUGUGUAAACACUGUUCACCAAGUGAAGGGGUGUUUAAACAACAGAUUACGAGUGUUUACCCUCCUCAACAUCCCUGGGUUGUAUUCAUUAGGCACCAAACAAAGAAAACGGACUGAAACAGAGGACUACCUGGUCUAAUAAGAAAUGCACAUUUCCGUAUUCCAUUGCAAAAUGUUUUACAACGUUUUCCAUUGUGUGUCAAUGAAUACGACCCUGGUGCUGAAUGCUAACACAGGGCUAGCGGCCUGGUUUGCUCCUUUACGCUGUACAAAGGUGAUUAGUUCUAUGGAUAGUAAUAAUAACCAAUAAUAUAUCAAUGUUCUGGACUGGUUGGUAAAUAAUAGUAAUAAUGAAAAUAAUACUCGAAUGAACGAAAGGAUGUGUAUUUAGCGGUUUCAAAAGUUUAUAUGUAAAUAUCAUUGGUUGAAAUACUUUUUCUGUCGUUGCCACUAACCAGUCGCAUGAUCACCAUUUCUAUAUCACGUCAAUCUGUGGAGCUGUGCUCUCAACACACACACACCACACACACUCACAAGUACGCACUCACACACUUAAGCAAAUAUACACACGCCGUACAUGCAAGCAUGCGCUCACAAGCUCAAACACACACACACAAAUAUAUCACUUGCGCUUCAUUGACUAAAUAUAUAUAUAUAUAUAUAUAUAUAUAAAUCAUAUCACUCACUCAACAUAUUAUCAUUAU